AUGGACGAGGAUUUUCUUGCUGCUGUCCGUGCACAAUCCCCGAAAUCAUACUUGUAUUCAUUAAUAGCUCAAACUCAUUUAGGAGAUGUGACAGCGGCAGCUAUAAUCACCGCUUUAAUCGCCAGCGGUAGACUAACAGCUAGAGAGAUUAGUUUCAAGACAACUAUUUCUCUAACUUCAGUCAAAUCCGUCUUGGUUUCCCUAAUUCAAUUGAACUGUUUGUAUUUUUGGCAAGAUAUGGGAAAGACCUAUUAUUCCCUUGAUGAGACCGGGUUGAAAAAAAUUAUUUAUAGUGGAGACAUUUUGGAACAUAUUUCUCAAGAAUACGGAGAGGAUGAAGCAGAAAUCAUUCAAAACGUUCUCAUUCAUGGUCAUAUCAAAAUUGAGGACUAUUUAAAACAGUUUGGUGGAAAAGAUGGAGGAGGAGGAGGAGGAGGAGGAGGAGGUGAUGGUGAUGGUGAUGGUGAUGAUAAUGAUAAUGAUAAUGACCUUACGCUGCGAGCGGAAAAGGAAAAGAUGUUUUCAAAGUUACUCAAUGAGGGCUGGCUAAAAACUUUGAAACCUUUCCAUUCUCAUCAUGUAAAUGAUAUAUGGGAGAAGUUAUAUGAUGAGACUUUAAAAGCUACACCUAGAUCUGCCUCAGAGUCUGAAGUUAAACGUCAAGCGGAAGUUCAACAACUUUGUAAAGAGAAAUUUUUAGAAUUGUUAGAAUCAAGCCACUCAUCUUCGGAGUUGUACAUUUAUGAAAAGGGGUAUAGGAGACUAAAUCCAAAUUUGGUCCUUACUUUUAACCUAUCUAGAUUUCAAAAACAUUGUAGGACAGAAGCAUUUGUAAAGUUGGCAAAAUCAAGAGUUGGACUCGUUACUUCUAAAAUUUUUGAAACAGUGUUGAAAAAUAUGGAAAAUAAUAGUCCCGAACUAUCACAUCCCUUUUUAGAAAUACCAGGGCUUUUAUCUACUCCAACUGAUAUUCAACAUUUUAAAGAUAAUAUGGAAAGCAAAUUGGUUAGUGAGCAGAAAAUUGUAUUCACCGCACAAGACGUAUUGGGGAAUUACCCCAAAGUCUUGGAUUUGAAAGGUUCUAUUGUAGCAGCAUCAGGUCAAUUGGGUAGUAAGAGGCCGCUCGAAGAUACCUCAUCAACAGCUUCUACUACUACUACUACUACUACUACUACUACUACUACUACUACUGCUGCUGCUCCUACUAAAAAAAUCAAACUAGAAAAUGGGGAAAGUUAUCCCACUGCAACCAGCCCGGACUUUGAAGAAAACGAUGAGGUAGAAGAUGAUUUGUCAAUAAUAGAACAACAUUUGCAAAUAUUAGCAUCAAAAACAAACAUUCGAUUUAUCAAUGAAGUUUCGCCAGGAAAAUACAGUGUUCCUUUCAACUAUCUUUCAACUCAAGUAAAACAAUUUCAUAUCAACACAUUAAUCAAAAUAACGCUAGGAAGACAUGCAUUGCGAGUGUAUAGAUGCAUCAAGCUCUUGAAAUUGGCAGAUGAAAAAACUAUAGCCAAUGCAGUUUUAAUUAAUGAAAAAGAAGUGAGAAAUAUAAUAUAUGAGCUUAUAAAGGCCAAUUUAGUGGAGAUUCAAGAAGUACCAAGAAGUCUUGAUCGUGCUGCAUCGAAAACUUUUUACUUGUACAGGCAAAAAGAUUUUGUAUCGUUUGAAAGUUUAAGCAAUUGCUUGCUUUUCAAUAUGGCCGAAAUUUUAUCAAACAUAAUUGAAUUCAAGUUGGAGCACAAGAUAUUGUUGGAAAAAUGUAAUCGUAUCGACGUGGAAGGCCAUGAAGAUGAAUUAUUGUUAGACUCAGAAUUAAGAGCAUUGCAUAGUUUGCAGAAAAGAGAAGUUGAAAACAUGGUGAGAUUUGGUAGAACAAGGUUUUUAUGGGAUGUAUUUAGUUAA